AUGGAGUUAGCAAAAGGACUGAGAGAGAUUCAGAAGCUGGAGGGUCACACAGAUAGGGUCUGGAGCCUCGCAUGGAACCCAGUAACUGGUGUUGCCGGAAUCCCCCUUUCCUUCGCUUCAUGUAGUGGUGACAAGACCGUCCGUAUUUGGGAACACAACCCCUCUAGCUCCACUUCUUCGUGGGAUUGCAAGGCAGUUCUGGAUGAAACUCACACUAGAACCGUCCGAUCGUGCGCUUGGUCCCCAUCUGGGAAAUUUUUGGCCACUGCCAGCUUCGACGCCACCACUGCAAUUUGGGAAAAUGUUGGGGGUGAUUAUGAAUGUGUGUCCACUUUAGAGGGUCAUGAAAACGAAGUGAAAAGUGUGAGUUGGAAUCCAUCUGGGUCUCUGCUUGCGACUUGUGGCCGAGAUAAAACUGUAUGGAUAUGGGAAGUGCAACCCGGAAAUGAGUUUGAUUGUGUUGCAGUGUUGCAAGGCCAUACACAAGAUGUGAAGAUGGUUCAGUGGCAUCCAAGCAGGAAUCUUAUAUUUUCUUGUAGCUAUGAUAACACUGUCAAGAUAUGGGCAGAUGAAGGUGAUGAUGAUGAUUGGGCGUGUGUUCAAACAUUAGGUGAAACUAACAAUGGUCACUCUUCUACUGUCUGGGCUUUAUCGUUUAAUGAUGGUGGAGACAAAAUGGUUACCUGCAGUGACGAUCUUACUUUAAAGAUAUGGGGAACAGACAAUGAAAAGAUGCAAUCUACGGAUGACUUUGUACCAUGGAGACAUCUUUGCACUCUUUCAGGUUAUCAUGAUCGGACAAUAUUUUCAGUUCAUUGGUCAAGGGACAAUAUCAUUGCCAGUGGAGCUGCUGAUGACACGAUAAGAUUUUUUGUGGAGAAUGAUGAUAAAGAUGGUUUGGUUGAUGGACCUUCGUAUAAAUUGCUUCUGAAAAAGGAGAAGGCCCAUGACAUGGAUAUAAAUUCGGUGCAAUGGAGCCCUGGGGAGGAUCGGAUUCUUGCUUCUGCAGCUGAUGACGGGACGAUUAAAAUAUGGGCGCUGACAUCUGCAGGCUGA